GAUGAUUCGAUUCUGUCCGAGUCGGACGAAUACAACCGGUGAUCGCGGCUUUGAAGGGCUCAAAAUUAGUAUGACUCCGAGUCAUAAUUUACUGCGGGGAUGAUCAGGCCUCCAUUUAUCAAUGCAGCUGGCAGCACACAGUUCGUGCUGACAGUCUUCGUUCUUCCUUGCUUUGAAGAUAAUAAAUUUUAUCGGUGCUAUGUCGAUCGACGAUUCUAGAGGAGAGCAUCAACACAGUAGUAUCGUUUCUGGUGCCAGUAACUCCCAACGGUCACCGCAGCAGCACGCGGCGCACUUUGCGGCGCUGCAGAGAGACGCGCGCGAGGGGCCGCAUUCGUGGGCGCGUCUCCGAAAGGCGAAUAGCGAGGCUAAGAAACGACUCCUCGGACCUGGAGCCGGACUCCGUGCGACUCAAUCGCAGGCUGCGACUGCCUGUGCGAUGCAAACUUCAGCGGUGGCGCGGCAAAGCAGCAGCGGCGACGCAUCCGGCUUGACGCUGGACAGAACAAGUGCCGCGCAUCCUGGUAGCCAUGCGACUCUUCGCGGAACUCACGGCUCAACCUUCGCCGGAAUGCUGGGCAGAACAAGCAGUGUUUCCCUUCAAGCUGGAAAGGCGACGUCCCCGCGGCACCACCACGACCCAAGCGCCCAUAAUCGAUCUGAGGAGCUUGCCUUACCACAUUAUAUGACCCUCACGAGCACCCAAACCCUAAUUUAUUCCUCAACUAGUUUCGGCAGCAGCAGAGGUGCUACUAAUUGUCCAACGCGGGAGUUGUGGGGAGCCGAAAUGACACCAUCAGGGUGUACUCCGCAACGAUGCCAUUCAUACCCUAGUGAUAUGUCGUUUCCGACAUUUGCGACUCCUGUACCGCCUACAAGGGUGUACAAUAGCGGGAAUGAAAGCCAUGCGACAGACGCCCAGCCCUUUGUUUGGGGAAGGGGAGGAAUUCGCGGGAAUGACAGAGACCAUGAGACGGUGUUUCAUUGGGCUGCACGGAACCGGAUGAUAAUGAAGAAAUCGAGACAGAAGUCAAUUGCAUGAACACCUAAUACCAGAGGUCUAUGCUAGGAGCAUUUGUGUACACCAUAUAAGAGAGUAAAUGGGCAUGUGACAU